AUGCCGCCGCUCGUUUCUGGCAGCAUUGCUGCUGACAGCUCUGGUCCACUCUCAGUCUUCUCUCUGGUUGUGUGAGCGCUCGUCGCUAUUGAAGUAUUCUAUCAGAUCUUUUAGAGCCAACAAAUCAACAUCAAGUGUUGACAAGCAUUUACAACAGUUAUGCAAUUGUUGUGUUUUCUGAACGCACCCAUUGGCUAGUGUUGGGAUCGAAUGCUGCGAAUAGAAAAUAAGGGCGACAAUUUAAAUUUUCUGUUGCGUCUACGACAGUCUACGAAGAAUACGUGACAUUAAUUUCAGCAAAUUUGACGGGAGAAAACCUCUUCACGUUGAUUAAAAAUUAUUUGAACAAUAUGAUUAUUGGCACCGGGGAAAUGCCGGAGGCUACUUCUGUCUUUUGGAGGCAAGGCAGAAUAAAGACAUUUGAUAAUUGGCCCUUCAAGGAAUCUGACAAGUGCAAUGUCAAGAGCAUGGCUGCUGCUGGGUUUUAUUCUAUUGGAAAUAAUGAUGAACCAGACUUGGUCGAAUGUUUCAUUUGUGGCAAGCAGCUUGACGGUUGGGAGCGAGAGGAUGAUCCAUGGAGUGAACAUGUAAAGCAUAAAUCGGAUUGCCCAUUUGUAAAAUUAAAUAAACAAAAUGAAUCAGAAUGGACAGUGAAUGAACUAUAUAAUUUGUACAAAAAGCACAAAAUCAAAGAAUAUGUACAAGAAUUAAAUAAAAGUAUCAUCACAGUCAAAGAAAAAGCUUCACAAUUAAAGAGUGAGUUGUCUGUGCAUAGACAAUCUCGAAAGUAUAAAAAGAGCACAGAUUAAUGGAUGCUAUUAUUUUCAAAAUUAUAUAAAAAAAUAUCUUGUAUUAAAAAUAUAGUUUUUUAAUUUUGCUAA